CAAAAAUGUUGUUUCGCGGAGUGAUCAACAAGGGUCGUGACUGCCUUCUGAUUCUCUGCUCUGCAGUGAACUCGAAGACCAAUUUGCGCCUCGACUGAUCAAGUCGUCAACACGCGCCUGCACCCUUCUAUAUGCGCGCCCUUUUUGCUGCCACAUCUUUCCGGCGCAUAUUUACCCGCUUGAUCAGACCAGCCCACCAAAAGGUCCUUCCCCUCACUAACUUCCGCGCAAUGGCUUCCGAAGCCAAGGACAUCACGGCGCCGCCCGCCGACAAGCAGGUCAUUGCCCACGAGGGCAAGCGCUACGUCACAGUCAAAGAAGGCCUCGCGCACAUUCUCGUCCCGGAACCGUCCGAAGAAGACAAGGAGAACCUCAGGCCCGACCAGGCUGUCCGACAGGUCUUCUACAACCCCAUCCAGCAGUACAACAGAGACUUGACCGUCCUUGCCAUCAAGGCCUACGGCAAGGAAGCGGUCCAGCAGAAGCAAGCCAGCCACUCCAAGCUCGAGAAGAUCAUCGAGAAGAAAAGAAAGCGACAGGCACAGAAGCAGGACCAGCAACCGAACAAGGCCCAAAAGGGGGCAGACGGCGAGAAGGCGACCACCGAACCCGCGACUGAUGCUACGUCGGCCGAAACAGUGCAGCAAAAUGGAGAAGCGGCUAAGGACGUCACAGAACAAGAGACCGACGUGCCCGUCGAGCAGGGCGACAAAGAGGCGACGAAUGGUGAAGCCAAAAAGGGAAAGCAGCCGCCAUUUACCGUCCUCGAUGCGCUAUCAGCCAGUGGCCUUCGUGCCCUCAGGUAUGCCCACGAGAUCCCGUUCCUCACCUCAGUAACGGCGAACGAUCUCCUCGCGACCGCUGUCGAAUCGAUUAAGCUCAAUGUGAAGCACAACCGCCUCGAAGACAAGGUCAACGUUUGCCACGACGAUGCGUUGGCCCACAUGUACACCCUGAUUGCAAAAGAGCUUCGCUCUAAGGAUCCCAAGGGCAAGCCCACCAUUAGCGAAAAGUACGAUGUUGUCGAUCUCGAUCCCUACGGCACCGCUGCUCCCUUCUUGGAUGCUGCCGUCCAGUCCGUCCGCGAUGAUGGUGGUUUGCUCUGCGUUACCUGCACUGAUUCCGGUGUGUGGGCCUCCAACGGAUACCCAGAAAAGUGCUACUCCUUGUACGGCGGUGUCCCUGUCAAGGCAUGGUUCUCUCAUGAAGUCGGUAUUAGACUCAUUCUCUACUCUAUUCAGACGGCAGCUGCGAAAUACGGUCUCACCAUCGAGCCACUUCUGUCCCUUUCCAUCGACUUCUACAUUCGAGUCUUCGUCCGCGUCAAGAAAUCUCCUGCUGCUGUCAAGUUCCAGGGAGGCAAGAACAUGAUGGUUUACAACUGCGAUAGCGGCUGCGGAGCUUGGUCAACACAGCUCCUGAUGAGAAACAAGGCCUCUCCGAACAAGAAGGGCUCCGGUGUCUUCUACAAGCACACGUUUGCCCAAGGACCUUCGGUUGAUAAGGGCUGUGAGCACUGCGGUUCCACAAUGCACAUGGCUGGUCCGAUGUACGGUGGCCGCAUUCACUCGCCCGAUUUCAUCAAGCGCGUCCUCGGCGAACUCGAUGAGGCGCCCACAGAUGUUUACGGAACGACCCCAAGGAUAAGGGGCAUGCUGCAGACGGCACUUGAAGAAAUUCUGUUGACCCCCGAGGAACAAGAGGCGGAGAAGGCCAAGGAGGAGGCAAUCCAGGCCGGCAAGAAGCCAGACCCUGCCUUCAAGGAGGCUGAGCUCGCGGCUAUUGAUCCCUACCCAUUCUACUUCCACCCCGCUACCAUAUCCGGCAUCCUCAAAUGCUCCUGCCCACCAGAGGCACCGCUUAAGGGCGCGCUGCGCGGUCUCGGGUACCGGGUUACAAGGAGUCAUUGUAAGCCAGGUAGCAUGAAGACAGAUGCACCAUGGUCUAUCAUUUGGCAUGUAUUCAGGGAGUGGAUCCGUCAGAAGGCACCCGUGAAGGAGGACAACAUCAAGCCAGGUACGCCUGGAUACAGGCUGCUACGUCUCGGUGAGAAGAAGAAGCAGGAGGAGCAAGCGGAGCAGGCAGAUGGUGCUGAGGCUCCAAAGGAGCAGCAGAGCGAACAAGCGGAGGGAGAGAAGAUGCCCGAGGUGGUAUUUGAUGAGCAGCUUGGUCGGGACGACAAGACUGUCAAGUUGGUCCGGUAUCAGGCAAACCCAAGAGAAAACUGGGGUCCUCUGAACAGGGCAGUAGGAAAAGUGCCUUCUCACCAUCGCAAGGAUUGAUGAGGUUCAGAUACGAGCAUCCGUGUUGUUAGGUUUCAAUCAGGAGCGAGCUCGCUUGUCCAGAUGGUGCGAAAAGGAUGCUGGAGUCCGAGGAUAAAGUGAUCCGACAGCCAGUAAGAAGCUUGGUCCGAUAGGCAGCAAUUGACUCAUGAUGAGGUGCGAUCCUAAAAAGGAUUCAAAGUCCGAACCUAGGCUCAAAGAGCUAGGCUUGGUUUGUCUUUUGGUACCCGAUCUAUUGUGCGAUUGACUACGAUCACCGCGCCGUGUUAUAGGGUCGGGGAUUGAUGCCGAGUAGGUGGCCCACUCGGUUCGGUCGGCGCCGUCCUGCCCGCCGAUAGCAACGGGGGGUUGGUGAUGACGCAAUUCGGCGGCUGGCUUUGUACAUAGCAGAUAGCAAGUAAUAUCAUAAAAUG